GUGCAGCUUCGCUGCCGCUCCACGCAUCUCGUCAAUGCAGCUUUCAUUCUCCCUCAGCGGGGCAAGAUGGAAGCUGUACAAAAGGACCACUGGUACUUCAUGGUACUCCUUAUCUUUCUCCCUCUUCUUAAAGCUGCUGUCCAGCAGAGAGAACCCGCUGUUGUCGUACGUCUGGAGGAAGGGAUGGUGCUGGAGUGCUUGUGUCCCUGGGAGGGGAACCUCAGCAUGGUGUCCUGGACCAAGGUCCCAGACAAGGACCCGCUAGCCGUGCUUCACCCGGAGUACGGCGUGGCCUUCUCCCACCACUACCGUGAGAGGAUCGAGUUCCUGCGGAACACACCCAUGGAUGGUAGCAUUGUCAUGAGGAACAUCACACAUCAGGAUAUAGGGCUCUACCACUGCUCUGUUCAGACCUUCCCUCAGGGCUCCUGGACCAGGGACGUCCAGGUGGAGGACACAGAUGAACCACCAGAAGAUCAGAGCGUAGAGACCCCGACUCUGGCGCCGAUCGAGGCGGACACGGAGGUUGUGGCCGAGCUGAACGAAAACCUGACCAUCAUCUGCAACCAUGAGCACAAGGGCACCGUUUACAAGGUCACUGUUGAGAAGUCAACCCGCGGCCAGCCCUGGGAAAUUGUGGGGAGUUGCUUGGCGGUGAACGGGGGCAUGUCGGGCGAGGAGUACACCAAGAGGGUCAGGGUCAGCUGUCAAGACAGCCUGGGUGUCAGCCUGCAGCUUGUGGAAGUGGCGGAGGAAGACGAAGGCCUCUACCGCUGUGGUUUCAGCACCGACACGGGAGUGCAGACCACGACUGUGCUCCUUACCGUCCCCCGCUCAGGUGACUUCAGCCUUUCUGAAUAUAUGAUGUAUAUUUACAUUGGGGCUGGAGUAGCUGGGCUUAUUCUGGUUACUGUCUUUCUCAUAUUAGCAUUGAGGCACAGGAAGAGGAACUUGAGAGAGGAAUACAGAGUCCAGCUUCAUCCAGCUCAGAGACAGCAGCACUGUGCCCUGCAGCAUAACUUCUAUGGGAACAUCCCUGCAAUGGGCCGGUUGGGAAACAGGCCCAGACAGAUAAAGGAUUGCCCAGUGUAUACCAACCUACAGACCAUACGGGGCCAGGCCCAGAGAGUGGCAGCGCGAUGAUGCAGCUAUGCACGAUAACAUUACCCGUCGUUUGGCGGGAGUGUAAUCUCUCUGAAAGGAUCGCAUGUCCUCAGCCUCUCACGAGCACGGCCAGAGGACUGUGCACGUGAGCAGAAACAAAUGUAAUAUAAGCAGCGAUGGCGAGAGACACAUCUGAUUAUAAACCAUUACAAUCAUUUCCCUGGGAUUAAUGUUUGUUUUCUUUUUCCUUAAUUAGGAUUAUCUAAUGAGUUACCACAUCUACAUUCCAUUUGUAAAGAGUUAUAAAUUGCUAACUCUCCAAGUUUGUAUUUCAUCACUUUUCCUUCUUCACGAUAUAAGUCAAUUACAGAGCCGUGCUGGCUUUCAAAACCUUGAGAGGUUUGUUUGGAAUCUCUGCUCCCAGUAAUCAGAUGCAACAUGUACAGUCUAAUUACUGUUGUUUUGGGGGGGGGGGGUUCCUUUAAGCCAAAAGGUACACGGUAAAUUAUCGCCACAAUAACUGUGAGCUGAAGAGCAGACAAAAGCGUGUAUAAUCAUUCAUGCCACUUUUCAGAACUCCCGUGCAAAACAACAGAUAGGAGCUUCUCUAAUUAUUCUCCUUCUACUUUCAUCUCCCCUGGUCCCCUUUCGAAGCUCGGCAGCGGUGUCUAAUCAUUUGACAAAGGAAAAAAAAAAGCAGUCGCUGCAUCGUCGCCACAGAUAGUUUACCUUGAGUUGUGUGUCUGCAGCCGGCGGGCACGCGCUCAUGAAGGCUGAACCCAAAUUGGCUCAUCCCAUCCGGGCCUGAACCCUUUCUGAACGUAAUUACUGUAACUCUGGAUUUCUUCUCCUCAAGCUGUGACUCUGUUUAAACUGGGAAACGCUGAAUGAAAGACUGCAUUUCUCUCUCUGGGUGACAGGCUAAAUGCACUUUAUCAUUAUGAGCUGUUAGUGAGUUGUUUGUUCAUCUGAUUUGUUUGUUUGCUAAAUGAAAAUACUGGAAUCCGGUGGUUUUACUGACAUUCACAUGGAGGUCAUAAAAGUAACUUUGUCCCUGUAACUUUACAUUUCCGAGUUGUUGUGUAUUUUGUAGGUUUUUAGCUGUGCUAC